AUCCCGCCGGCCUCGCCGCCCGGCCCGCGCCGGGCAACCGCCCUCGCCCGGAGCCCGCCCUCGCUCCUGCCCGCGUCCCCCCGCCGGCGCCGCCGCGGGAAGCGGCUCCCCCUCCCCUUCCUCCGCGUCUUCCUCCCCCUCGCCCCGCCGGGGCCGCUUGUUGCACCGCCCCGCGGCCUGCGGGAGCCGCUCGGCCCGGCCCCCCGCCCGCCCCCCCCCCCCCCCCCCCCCCCCCCCCCCACCCCGGGCCCGCACCCCAGCCCGGCCGGCGAGACCCCGGCCCGACCCCGCCGCCCGCACAAAAUGUCGGCCCGGACGCCAUUGCCGACGGUGAACGAGCGGGACACGGAGAACCAUACAUCUGUGGAUGGAUAUACUGAACCACAUAUCCAGCCCACCAAAUCAAGUAGCCGACAGAACAUCCCUCGGUGUAGAAACUCCAUUACGUCCGCGGACGAACAGCCUCACAUUGGAAAUUAUCGUUUACAAAAAACAAUAGGGAAGGGAAAUUUUGCCAAAGUGAAAUUGGCAAGACAUGUUCUAACGGGUAGAGAGGUUGCUGUGAAAAUAAUAGACAAAACUCAGCUAAAUCCUACCAGUCUACAAAAGUUGUUUCGAGAAGUACGAAUAAUGAAGAUAUUAAAUCAUCCUAACAUAGUAAAAUUGUUUGAAGUUAUUGAAACGGAGAAGACCCUCUAUUUAGUCAUGGAGUAUGCGAGUGGGGGUGAAGUAUUUGAUUACUUAGUUGCCCAUGGAAGAAUGAAAGAAAAAGAGGCCCGUGCAAAAUUUAGGCAGAUUGUAUCUGCUGUACAGUAUUGCCAUCAAAAGUGCAUUGUUCACCGUGAUCUUAAGGCUGAAAAUCUUCUCCUUGAUGCUGAUAUGAAUAUUAAAAUUGCUGACUUUGGUUUCAGUAAUGAAUUUACAGUCGGGAACAAAUUAGACACAUUUUGCGGAAGCCCACCCUACGCUGCCCCCGAGCUUUUCCAAGGAAAGAAGUACGACGGGCCUGAAGUGGAUGUGUGGAGCCUCGGCGUCAUUCUCUAUACAUUAGUCAGCGGCUCGUUGCCUUUUGACGGCCAGAAUUUGAAGGAACUACGGGAGCGAGUCUUACGAGGAAAGUACCGUAUUCCCUUCUAUAUGUCCACCGACUGUGAAAAUCUUCUGAAGAAAUUAUUGGUGCUGAAUCCAAUAAAGAGAGGCAGCUUAGAACAAAUAAUGAAAGAUCGGUGGAUGAAUGUCGGUCACGAAGAAGAAGAACUGAAGCCAUAUUCUGAGCCUGAACCAGAUUUCAAUGACACGAAACGGAUAGACAUCAUGGUCACCAUGGGUUUUGCGCGAGAUGAGAUAAAUGACGCCUUAAUAAAUCAGAAAUAUGAUGAAGUUAUGGCUACGUAUAUUCUACUAGGUAGAAAACCACCUGAAUUUGAAGGCGGCGAGUCGUUAUCUAGCGGAAGCUUGUGUCAGAGGUCACGGCCCAGCAGUGACCUGAACAACAGCAGCCUCCAGUCCCCUGCCCACCUGAAGGUCCAGCGAAGCAUCUCAGCAAACCAGAAGCAGCGGCGUUUCAGUGAUCAUGCUGGGCCCUCCAUUCCCCCUGCCGUGUCAUACACCAAGAGGCCUCAGGCUAACAGCGUGGAGAGUGAACAGAAAGACGAGUGGGACAAGGACUUAGCUCGGAAACUUGGCAGCACUACGGUUGGGUCAAAAAGUGAGGUGACUGCAAGCCCUCUUGUGGGGCCAGAAAGGAAAAAGUCUUCAACUAUCCCGAGUAGCAAUGUCUAUCCUGGAGGUAGCAUGGCAAGAAGGAACACGUAUGUGUGUGAAAGGAGUGCAGAUCGAUACGUGGCGUUGCAGAACGGAAAAGACAGCAGCCUUACGGAGAUGUCCGCAAGUAGCAUAUCUUCUGCAGGCUCGGCUGUGGCUUCUGCUGUCCCCUCGGCUCGACCACGCCACCAGAAGUCUAUGUCCACUUCCGGCCACCCUGUCAAAGUUACACUGCCAACCAUCAAAGACGGCUCUGAAGCUUACCGGCCCGGGGCGACCCAGCGAGCGCCUGCUGCUUCCCCAUCUGCUCACAGUAUUAGUGCCAGCACCCCAGACCGAACCCGCUUCCCCCGGGGGAGCUCCAGCCGCAGUACUUUCCACGGCGAGCAGCUCCGGGAGCGACGCAGCGCGGCACACAACGGGCCACCCGCUUCCCCUUCCCACGAGACGGGCGCCUUCGCGCACGCCAGGAGGGGAACGUCAACGGGUAUAAUAAGCAAAAUAACAUCCAAAUUCGUGCGCAGGGAUCCAAGUGAAGGCGAAGCCAGUGGCAGAACAGACACCUCAAGAAGCACGUCAGGGGAACCGAAAGAAAGAGACAAGGAAGAGGGUAAAGAUUCUAAGCCACGUUCUCUGCGGUUCACGUGGAGUAUGAAGACCACUAGUUCCAUGGACCCCAAUGACAUGAUGAGAGAGAUCCGGAAAGUGUUAGAUGCAAAUAACUGUGAUUAUGAACAAAAAGAGAGGUUUUUGCUUUUCUGUGUCCACGGAGACGCGAGGCAGGACAGCCUCGUGCAGUGGGAGAUGGAAGUCUGCAAGUUGCCACGGCUGUCCCUCAACGGGGUCCGCUUCAAGCGGAUAUCUGGGACAUCGAUUGCCUUCAAGAACAUUGCAUCUAAAAUAGCAAACGAGCUUAAGCUGUAAAGAAACUCAAAUUUACAGGAUCAGGGAAGAUAACGUUCACAUAUGAGGUACAGUUUUUGAAUGUAUUGGUAAUGCCCAGCGUGAUUGGCCUGUGAAUCUCCCCAUGUAGAAUUUGCCCUUAACGCAAUAAGGUUAUACAUAGUCACGAACUGUACAAUUAAAGUCAGUAUGAAGUAUAAUAUCUGUAGCUAAAAAAGUAGGUUCACAUGUACAGGUAAGUAUAUUGUGUAUUUCUGUUCAUUUUCUGUUCAUAGAGUUGUAUAAUAAAACAGAUGAUUGCUGAAAAA